AUGGACCAUUCACACCCACGUCGACUUCCAGAACGAACAACCUCCCCCUUCUCAACCUCUCCAUUCCCGCAUAACAUGUCUCCUAACCCAGCUGCAAUCCCAGUCAACCGCGUGACUUCAUCGGUCAUCAAUGCGCGGCCAGUGCUUCGCCGAGGGUCUAGCGGGAGCCGGGUGAUUAACCAGACGCUGACCUUGGGUAAUGGAGCAGCCUCUACGGCAUUCGACACCUCAUCUGGACCGAACUCACCGAAACGACCACAGCCAGAGUUAAAACCGAAACCCUGUGAGAACUGUGACGCUGCUAAUGUGCAGACAUGGCACUGUUCUUACUGUGACAUGCUCUUCUGUGACCCUUGUUGGGUCAAGCAAGGCCCACAUAAGUCAGGAAAGACCGGUCCCGAUGGUUUACCACAUGAGAAAGCAGAUCUUCGUAUUGUGAAGAGGCUGAAAGAUAUAUUGACACCGUCUUCAGACCCUACCGAACAAGCUGGUCUUCAUAUCGAUGAUGAAGACACGACGUGGUUUGGCAUUGAUCGGGACAAUAACCAUCAACCGGUCUUCUACGACUACGGUAGAUACGCUACAAUCAUCGCGAACAGUACCACUCCCGAAUCAAAAGUUCGAUACCCACAACUCGUCUCCUUCAUUGGUCAGACGGGGGCGGGCAAAAGUACGCUCGUGAAGAUGCUCAUUGACCAGCAGGAAAGGCAAUCGAGUGGUUAUCCUCGCGGGCCGUUCCCAUCGCCAGUCGUUGGAUCGAGCCGCAAUGACAAUGUGCCUACAUCAGGCGAUGUUCAUCUCUAUGGGGAUCCCAGGACAUACAACAGCCAAUAUCCAGUCCUGUAUGCUGAUUGUGAGGGCCUAGAAGGCGGAGAGAACACACCGAUGAGCGUCCAAUUCAAGGAGAAGUCGUCUAAACAUAGCAACAGGAAACGCUCAGAUUCCAAUCCGGACCAUCGCAAGCGAACCAAGAUCACACGAGUGGCGAGGGGUACACAGCGUCACAUGACAUGGGCCAACUCUCCUGAGACUCAGAAAAGACAGUACGCUGUAACGGAGCUGUAUCCACGGCUGCUGUACACAUUUUCUGAUGUCAUUGUUUUUGUACUGCGGAAUCCAAAAACAUUCGAGUCAUCCGUGUUGUCAAAGUUGUUGGGUUGGGCUUCUGCUUCCAUGGAAAAGUCGCUUAAUCAACCUACACUCCCACAUGCAAUCAUCGCGCUGAACGCGACUGAUAUGGAAGUCGACCCUAGAGAAUGGGAGCCAGAAUUUGCUACUCGGACGCUGAUGGCCAACGUUGCAGGAGCAAUCCACCGAGAUUCGGGCUACAGGCAGCUUGCAGACUAUUGGUCUAGCCAGGAAGGCAGGCGAAUCAACACAACUAAAGAUCUACUGGAAUGCUACUAUUCUUCUGUGACAGUUGUUCGCAUCCCAGUCAAGGGUAGGUAUAUGAAAAUUGACGAGCAGAUCAACAAACUUCAUACCACCAUCACCGAAAGGUCUGCACAGUCUUUCCGGGCCAAGCGAAGCUCACGCAUGCUGUCGAACUCCGAGGAGCUGAAUAUAUACUUGCAAUCAGCAUUCGAUCAUUUCUCAAACGACCUCGAUACGCCAUUCAACUUUAUGGAUGUCGCGUUCAAAAUCAACCCGAUACCUCUCGACUUUGGCGGAAACAUUCUCAAGCUAGCAGUUGCGAUGCGGAAUUCGGGCAAAUUUGAGGAUCCCCGCCAACUCUUCAAAGACCUUAGCUUCAUGGUCGCAUCUUGUAUAUUGCUAGAUUGCAGCCGACAGAACCUCAAAGGUCCGGCAGACCGAAUCCUUGAACGGGGAUACCUCGACUACUGCGACAAUGCACUGGAAGACUACUGUGCAAUAUUCCUGCCGUGUCAGUAUGAGAACAGACGUGGCCGAUGCGUGAACGUCCGCGAGGGACAUAUCAAAGGCCAUCAGAAUGAGCGCGGAGCAGUUAUAGGCAAAGGCGCCUAUGAAUCAACGUUUACCUGGGAGUCAUUCGAGGAUGACUGGGAACAGCACCUGCAAAACCAUCUCCUAGAAAUGCAAGAGGACUUGAACAGGGACAUGCAGGAAAGACCUAACCUCCCAGAAAUCACUCUGAGCUCGAGGCUACACCUCAGAAAUGUCAAUCACUUCUACCGGCACCUCGGAGGGGCCAAAUACUUUGUCAGUCAUUCGGCGUGUUUCUGCUGCCUCAGAGAAAUGGCAGAACAUCCUUUACCGUGUGGGCACGUCCUCUGCAAGGCAUGCAUCAAAGCAUACGGAGAUGAACAACAGCAACAGGUCAGCUUGGCAGCCUGUCCUUUACAUAACCGAAGCAUGAUCUUCAGUACACCUUGGCGCAUACCUAUCAAGGCAGAGCUGGCGGGCGUGCGUAUACUGUCUUUGGAUGGAGGCGGCAUUCGCGGAAUCGUGGAGCUGGAAGUCCUGCGACAGAUCGAGAUUGCGCUUGGAGGUUGUAUCCCGAUCCAGGAAUUCUUUGAUCUCAUAGUAGGAACCAGUACCGGUGGUAUUAUAGCGAUAGCAUUAGGUAUUGAGAACUGGUCGAUCCAAAAAUGUAUAACUAUGUUCCUGAAGCUAUGCGAUAAAGCAUUCCAGCCCAAGUUGGGCGGACUUCGACUUGGAUCGAGCAAGUAUCGCACGCGCCCGCUGGAGGAAGUUUUGCAGAACCACUUUAAACCGGAGCGCAUAUUUGGUGGAUUUCAUGAGGCUUCAGCAAGUUACAGGCGCAAGGUUGCCAUCACAUCUGCAACAGAGACUGGUGAACAUGCCGUCAUCUUCACUAAUUACAACCGCGCCGAGGAUGGAUCCGUCAAUUAUCGAAUGGAAAGACCAGACGAACCGAGAAACGAAUUGUUACUAUGGGAAGUAGCCAGAGCGACCAGCGCCGCACCAACAUUCUUUCGCCCAUUGGUCAACUCGCGGACCAAAGAGGGCUAUCUGGACGGCGCAAUCUACCACAAUAACCCGGUUCGCAUUGCCAACUACGAAAGCAAGCUUCUCUGGCCAGACGCGCAGGACUAUCAUCCUGAUAUCCUGCUCUCGAUCGGCACGGGUCAUAACGGACAAGACACGGGUGGCUCUAUCGAUAUGACGCGACAAGAGAGUCGCCGGUAUCGGCUCCGGAAGUUUGCAAAAUCGCACGGCAAGGCUGUCGAGACGAAGCCUGCGGCAGCAGCGUGGAACAUGCAAUGGAUGAAUUGGCUGAAUGUCUUGUUCAAGCGAGUCGACAACAUCCUUGAUUCGGAGCAGAUAUGGAAGGGUUUCAAACAGGAUGUGCAAGCUAGCUCGUCGUACUUGGACUUCGGACGCUACCAGCGGUUCAACGUGCGAGUGGGUUUCAGGCCGCCAAAAAUGGAUGAGAAGAAUGAGAUUGGAAGACUCCAUGAAGCGGUCAGGCACAAACUUGGUCUCACUAAUUACCAGCAACGUUUGACUCGCACGGCUAGAAGACUUUUUGCUGGCUGUUUCUACUUUCAGAAGACAGCUCCUGUACGAGACACGGAGGAUCAUUUCGAUGUUCAAGGUGAAAUCUGCUGCCGUUUUACGCCUGGUACUGGCUACCUGCGACACAUGGGCCACUGGCUCCGAAAACAUCAGCUCCAAUUUUUCCAGCCUUACUUCCGAGUCUUCGAGGUCAAUAAUGAGAAUAUGGCCCAGAAAUUGAUCAUCACGGGCAACGUCAUUGCAAAGAUGGUCGAGCAGGACCACUUUGACAUGGGCUCAAUCGUCAUUCCCGUCUCCCUCCAGAUGGGAGUCGUCUCGAUACAGCUACAUGUCGACAGCGACAAGCACUAUCUAUACCCUAUCAGCGGUAUGCCGCGAGUCCUGACUGGUAUAGAACCACCAAAACCUCCAUCAUCGCCAACCCCGUCCGCAGAACACUCCCGCGCCACCACCCGCCGAAAAUCCCUUCGCAAACGCCGCACCCCGCCUCGCCAUCAACCCGCCCUCUCCCCUCCCGCCACCAUCUCGGAAGAGGUCCCCCCUUCCUAUGACACCUCCGAAGACACAGCCGCUUUCCCCGACUCCCCCGAGCACGUCAACGACUGGGCCGAGCGACGCGCGGCGGCAGCCAUCCCGCGGCCCAACUCCCCGCGGAACAUGCAGAUGCCAGACAUGGCGGAGCUGGAUGGCACAGGCGUCUUCGACGGGCGAGCCGACGUGUUAGAUGAGGAGGAGGACGAGGAGCUGGCAAAGGCGCUGGAGCAGAGUCUUGUUGAGCAGGGCGUCGAGUAUGAUCCGGACGAGCUUGCGCGCGCGCUGGAGCAGAGCCGGAUUUUCAUGUGA